AUGCAUCUUGUUUUCAUGAAGCGAGACAUUGAUGAUAUCGGUGUGGAGACAGAACAAUCAUCGAAGCGUAAGAUUAAAGCUUCGAAAUCCAAACCAGAAGAAUGUUUUCCCAAAGAUCACAAGAAAACAAAGUCCUCUCAUGGAAAUGAAGCAGACAACAGAAAAAACAGCAAUAAAGAAAAGGAGGUUGAACAGCCAAAAAAAACAGCARGCAAUACAAAACACCAAUUUCAAUCAGAAGCAUCCACUUCAAAAGGUGAAAAAAGGCCCAAGAAGCGACCUGGCUGCCCUAAUCCUAUCUGCAUAGGACACAGACAGGAGGUUGCUGAGUUGAAGGAAAAUUACGGCUGCCUCGAAGCAAAGUAUAGGAAGCUUCAGACGACUGCUACAGUGAAAAACUCCAGCAAUAUGCAAGCAGCUGGAAUUAUGACUUCAGAUGAGGCGAAUGAGAAAAAGCUGAUAGAACUAGUGCCUGGGAGUGGAGUCUUUCUUUCACGCACAAAGCUAGCUUUGUGUAAGACAGGAGCUAAGACAAAGUCUUCUCUUGCUUGCCAGCUUAUGAGGGUCUUCUUUACAGAUAAAGACCUCAUUGCUGGCAAGAUCUCAACAAGUGGCAAAGAAGGCCAUUUGUUGAGCCAAAACAUCAUUACCACAAUAAAAGCAUAUGCUGGAAGACAAGAUCUGCCAUGUUGUGCAAAGAAAGGAAUUGCGCAUGCAAUGACCAUGUCCAUCAAAAAUCUUAGAAGAUGUGACCAGAAGAAAAGCAAUAUGGGAGAGAAAGAAAUCGGUGCUGAUGACCACUCAAAAAACAUGGAAACCAAGGACUCUACUGAGUCAGAAUCUGAGUCAGAAUCUGAUACCGACUUCAGUGAUGAAGAUUUUGACUGUUAG